AUGAAGUCGUUCUCCGCCCUGCUCUCAUUUACCGCCGUGCUGCUGGCCCUCUCAGGCGUUGAGGGACACCAGCCCAUCAAAGCAUCCGGCAAGGUUGCGUCGACUUGGUGGGCAUCCUGGCACGCGUCGGACUUUCCGGCUUCGAAGCUCAGCUGGAGCAAGUACAACAGGGUGGUGUACUCUUUCGCAGAGACUACCCCGGAUGUCAACAAGUUAGAUCUCGGAGACUCUGGGGACCAGUUGCUCAAAGGCUUGGUAUCAGCCGCGCACCAGCAUAAUGUGCAAGCAGCCGUCGCCAUCGGCGGCUGGACCGGCUCGCGCUUCUUCUCCUCCGCCGUAGCCACGCCCGCCAACCGCACGGCCUUCACCAAAACCAUCCUCACCCUCGCGCAGACCUACCAACUGGACGGCAUCGACUUCGACUGGGAGUCGCCCGUCAACCAGGGCAUCGGCUGCAACCUCGUCUCGCCGCACGACACCGCCAACUUCCUCGCGCUCCUCCGCGAGCUGCGCGCGCACCCCCUCGGCCGCGCGCUCACCAUCACCGCUGCCACAGGCAUCAACCCCUUCGCGGGCCCGGAUGGCGACCCCCUCACUGACGUCCGCGCGUUCACGGACGUGCUCGACUACAUCGAGGUCAUGAACUACGACAUCUGGGGCAGCUGGAGCGACACCGUCGGCCCGAACGCGCCCCUCAACGACACCUGCGCGCCGCCCGCGGACCAGCAAGGCAGCGCCGUCUCCGCCCUCCGCGCCUGGUCUACCGCCGGCAUGCCUGCACACCAGAUCGUCCUGGGCGUCGCGGCUUACGGGCACUCGUUCCGCGUUGCCAAGAAGGACGCCAUAGUAAACGGAUCGAUGGUUGCAUACCCGCCUUUCAACGCCAGCGCCCAGCCGGCAGGCGACAAGUGGGAUGAUCCUGCCGGGAUUGACGAGUGCGGUAACGACGAGGCCGUUGGUGGGUUGUUCGACUUCUGGGGUCUCAUUCAGGCCGGUUUCUUGACUUCAGAGGGCAACCGUGCCCCGGGUAUCAUCUUUCGUUACGAUGAUUGCACCAAAACCCCCUACGUCUACGAUGCAACGUCUGAAAUCAUGAUUGCGUUCGAUAAUGCCCCGUCUUUCCGAGAGAAAGGCACGUUCAUCCGGUCGGCUGGCCUCAGAGGCUUCUCCAUGUGGGAGGCUGGGGGCGACUCGAAUGAUAUACUCCUGGACGCGAUCCAGAGUGAAAGCCGUUUCUAACUUGUAGUACUACUUGACAACUGCCCGAAACAUGCUCACUCUUGGCUCACUGGAUUGUGCUAGCCAUAAUUUUAUUUAAUCAUAAUUCAUUUAUCCAAUCGGGCCAAGGACAUUCUCUAGACAAUACGUACAGGGAUCAAGAAGAGAAAACCUAGACACGGAAUAGGA